CCUCGUACCAGAGGGAGGCCCCUGUUCUCCUCUAUGUGUCGUAUCUCAUAAGAAGAUCAUCUGCUUUUCAUUUCCUCUGGACUGGAUCUCCCACAUAUCUGCGUUUGAGCUAUCGUCUUUGCCACUUUUUCUUUGGAAGCAGCGCAUUCACAUCACUCCUUGUCUAAACUACUACUAUACUAUUUCAGCUCUGCGGUCAGAAGAUGAGGUUGUGCCUCCUAUUCUGCUUCCUCUGCCUGAUGGCUCCUAUUGGCUACAGUCAGCGUCCAGGUCCUCCUGGCCCCAAAGGUGACAAAGGAGAUCCUGGGUCAAUGGGGCUGAAUGGUAUGCCUGGACCUCCAGGUGAGAGAGGUAUAAAAGGGUAUAGGGGAUUAUCUGGAGCACCUGGAGCACGUGGAGUACCUGGAGUACCUGGACCAUGGGGAGUACCUGGAGCACCUGGACCACCCGGAGCAGCUGUAAUGUGUGGACAAGAUCCCUUUGAGUCUGUUGGCCAGGAUAUUGAAGCCUUACAGAAGAGCGUUGCUAAGUUAGACUUGGCUAUAAAUUAUGACUUUGUCCGGAGAGCUGGUCAGAAAUACUUUGUGUCGUACAAGGACAGAGGCUCUUUCUCCAGGGCCCUGGAGUUCUGCUCCCAGCGGGGCUUAGAGCUGGCUUUGCCCCAGAACGAGGACGAGAACAACAUACUGACUCAGGUGUUUGGUGAAAUUGACAAAAGGGCCUGGAUCAGCGUCAACAAUAAAAAAGCGGAGGGGAAUUUUGAGACUGAUAUGAAAAACAGACCUCUGACCUUCACCAAAUGGGGAGAAGGGCAGCCAGACAGAUCCAUUGAGGAUACAGGCUGCACCAUGCUGUCAGAGAACGGAGUCUGGCGAGUGACACGUGAAUGUUACCUGAAUGCUUACAUCAUCUGUCAGCUAUAGAAAGGUCUUGAAGGCCAGGUUAGGAACAACUGCUCUGAGAAAUGUUGCCAUUCAGAUGUAGAUGAGGAACUUAAAGAAAAGCUGCAAGUGACACAAAAAUGCUUCAAUCAUUUGUCAGUUUCAGAAAGGUGUCAUGUCCUUUGCAAGUACUGCUUUAAGAGAACAUUUAAAUGCACUCAAACACGUGACUCAUAUCAUAUUUUUGCCUUAACUUUUGAUUAAGUGAAAAGCAACUUUCUUAACCAGGACAAUCAUCUGUACUUUGAUAUUAGCAUAUUAUCAUCAGGUUACUCAUUUUAAAUGUCACCAGAACCGAUCUCACAGCACAGCUGAUGUCUUUCACCUGUAUUUUUGUUCAGUUUGUCAGACAAGGUAGAGAUCAUGAAAUAAUUAUUAUAUAUACUGUCUAAUAUCGUGCAGGGAAAAAAACAACUGUCUAUCGUCUCUUUAAUCAACGAUAGUUGAUCUGAUCACCAAUUGACACAAUGGCGGGGAGCAGUGUCAUUGUGCUGUUGUCCAAUGGAUUGAAUAAAAUGUUAAACCUCUCUUCAUUCUGCAGGGGUUACAUGGAAACUGCUUCAAGGACCCAGUUUAGGAGCAUUUUCAUCAGAAUUAUUUGCUUGCAGAUGUAAUAGUUUCACAAAAACAGCUGUUUUCUCUUAACUUCUGUUCUUAAAAAAAGUAGAAUUACUGUAUAUCAGCGCGGCAGCAUGGCAUUAUAACUGUUGCACAGACAUAUUGAAAAUAACUGGAUAAAAAUAAAAAAUAAUGCAACAAAACUGGCGUAUUCUGAGAG